UCGAACAUCUGUUCCCAACGCACAUCCCAUAUUCCCAUGUCUAUCCAACCGGCCAACUCCGAGCAUACCAUAAUUUUUCUGUGUAUAUAAACCAAAAAUUCUGUGUCUUUUAUAUGAUUUCAUCUCUGAACUCUUAAGCAAAAAACACCUUAAAACCGCAAACACUUCUUUAAAAGCAACACACUUUCCCACUCAUCAUUUCCACCAAGCCUAUCUCGCUUCCUCUCUAAGAAUCAAGAGUAGAUUCAAGACCCAUUUUUUCUUUCACUCUCCACAGCCAGCCAUGGGAAUGAGCAACAAAGUAACAGCAAUCCUAAACUUCAUAGCUUUACUAUGUUCAAUACCCUUGAUAACUUCAGGAAUUUGGUUAUCAAAAAAAGCAGAUAACCAGUGUGUUCAUCUCUUUAGAUGGCCAGUUCUUAUACUUGGAAUACUUCUUCUCAUUGUAUCAUUAGCUGGGUUUGUUGGAUCUUAUUGGAAUAGACAAGGGCUUUUAGCUUUUUACUUGUUCUCCAUGGCUGCACUCAUAGUGGUACUUCUUAUUUUACUCAUAUUCGCUUUUGUUGUAACUAGGCAUGAUGGUAGUUACAUAGUUCCUGGUAGAGGUUAUAAAGAGUAUAGAGUUGAAGGUUACUCUUCUUGGCUUAGAAAUUAUGUUACUGAAUCUGAAAAUUGGAGUAAAGUUAGAAGUUGUCUUGCUCAAACUGAUGUCUGCACUGAACUUAGUCAAGAGUAUUCAUCUGCGGAUCACUUUUUCUCUGCUCAUAUAUCUCCACUUCAGUCAGGUUGCUGUAAACCACCAACUAUUUGUGGUUUCACAUACGUUAAUCCGACGUUCUGGGUCAAUCCGGCAAACCCAACAUCUGAUCCUGAUUGCUUACUGUGGAGCAACGAUCAACAUCAGUUAUGCUAUGGAUGCAAAGCUUGUCAAGCAGGAGUAUUAGGAAACUUGAGAAAAGAAUGGAGGAAAGCUAAUAAAGCUUUGAUAAUCACAGUUGUGGUUCUUAUAUGUGUUUACAUAAUUGGUUGCAGUGCAUAUAAAAAUGCACAAACUCAAGAACUUUUCCGCCGAUACAAGGAUGGCUGGGCAUGAUACAUAAACCCUUGCCAGACCAGGGUCUUCUUUUCUUAUUUCAGGUUCAAAGCACUUAUUUAUUCUAGUUUUAAUUGUUUUUCUUUGCUCCAUAUUGAAAUCUCUGUCAGUAGUUUUAUGUGCAUAUUUCCCUUCUUUUAGAAUUCUUCAUGCUUUUGAGGCUGACAAGUUGCGUGGAUUGCUCUUGAAAUGCUGAAUUCAUAUGUUUAAUGCAAAAGCCUAGAAUCAAAUGAAGAAAGAAUCCUUAUCUUAUUAGAAUCAUUUGUUUAUGAAGUUCUGUGGGUGCUGAUGUUUUUAAUAGUUAUUUAUUCCAGUUGUAUAUCAAGACAAAUGUUCUUGUUCUGCACUUCUGUUCUUAAUCUUUAUUUUAUAAUCAAGAGAGCUUAAGACAAUUUUAGUGUUCCUAAAACAAAUGUCUGAAAUGUGGUUC